UAACCUACGAAGAGCGUCCAUUUUUGUGUUUUGGAAGCUGCUACGACCGGCGACACACUCGCCACUGUCGCCUAUCCCAUCCCUAUCGUCCCAACCCAAUUCUCUUCGCCUCCUCUGGCCUGCAAUGGCUUUAGCUUCUUCCUCUUCUCACUGCUCGUGCUCCUUCGCUUCCCAGUUACUUCCUCGUCCAAAACCCAAAUUCCCUCCUUUAUUCUUUGCCUCUCCUCCUUCUCCUACCCCAAUUAGUCUUCCUUCUCCCUUGCGCCUCAGACCCGGGAAGCCCAUUUGCGCAGCCGCCAAGAGCAACCCCUCUGUCUCGGCCAAGCCCCAGAAAAGUGAGGAUAAGAAUAAGAGCAAUGAAGAAGAGUUUGAGGAAGUGGAGGAAGAUUUGCCUUGGAUUCAGGAAAAGGCCUUGGAUGUAGUGGAGUUCACGGGCUCGGUGACUCAGGCCAUUCCUGGUCCUAGAGUUGGGACUAGUUCUCUCCCAUGGAUUCUUGCUCUUCCUCUCGCCUAUGCCGGAAUCACUUUCGUCAUUGCCUUUGUUAGGACUGUUAGGAAACUCACUUCCCCAAAAGCCAAACGCAAGAGAUUGGUGAAUAAAAAUGCCAUGCUAUGCAAAUCAAUAGAUGAGUUGUUUCAGAAGGGAAGAGAUGAAGUAACCCCCGAUGCUUUCAAGCAACUCGCACAAAAAACAGAUUAUGGUGCAGAUGAGAUUUUGCGCAAGUAUAUACGAUAUGCUUUGAACGAAAGGCCAUUCAACCCAGAUUUGGUUGUUGAUUUAAUUCAGCUUAGGAAAGCUUCUGGGCUGGAUGAUUCCCAGGUUACUGAGGUUUUAAAUGAAAUCUCAAGAAGGAUUGUGCAAGAUAAAGGUCCCGUUGUGAUGGAUUUGUCAGGCUACACGGAAAAGGGUUUCAAGAGAAAACUAGCUGUUCAGGCCCUUUUUGGAAAGGUUUUCUAUCUAUCUGAGCUGCCAGAGUUCUGUUCAAAGGAUAGCUCCUUGGUCAUCAAGGAAAUAUUUGGUGUUGCAGACGAGGACGCAGACCAACUCCGAAUGCACACACUUUCUGAAGCAGGGGAUGUUGAAUCGCUUGAGAAAAUGGUUGAUGAUAGUUCGUAUUCAGAAGAAAUUAUUGAAGACCCAUCUGAGGAUCCUUGAUUCAUAUUCAUUCAGAAUAAGUUUAACCCAUGUUGUGCGGAUUUAUUUUAUGCCUUUACCGACAAGAACACUGGAACACCGGUACAAAAAGUUCACGAGUUAGUGUUUUUCUCUACCGUAUCAUGUAUGUAGAAAUUUUGGGGAGAGCAUGAAUUCAAGUAGUUUUUUGAAAAUAUGCCUGGGAAAUUUAUGUGCUAGUUUUUCAUUUUGCAAAAUAUACAUUCAGGCAGGCUGAUCCCCAUGUCCUUGCUAUUUGGCUUCUA